AGUUUGACAGGUGUUCCGGACUCUGUAAAUACCUCAUUCAGUUGUCCAUUCCCUUUGGUUUGGAAGUGACGGACGUGAUACCUCUCCCGUGCAAAUUAUCCAUUUGACGGGUUUAAGGUACUAUGAGUGUAUUAACUGCUGAUUUAAGUAAAAAGAAGGGAGUCAUGAGGACGGUAAAAUCAAGAAAGGAUGUCAAUUCCUACGAUAUGGUCUUGACGGAGGAGGAGGCGCUGACGCUGCCCAUCAUCAGCCCCGAGGACGUCCUUCGCCUCAACAAGAUCACGGAGAAUUACCUCUGCUCUCCAGAAGCCAACGUCUACGAUAUAGAUUUCACACGGUUCAAAAUUCGCGACAUGGACACCGAUACGGUUUUGUUUGAGAUCGCGAAACCUCCGCCACAAGAGACCGAGGAGGGCGACGCCAGCAUCGACCAGGAGGAGAGCGACCCCAACGCCGGCCGCUUCGUCAGGUACCAGUUCACGCCGCAGUUCCUCAAGUUGAAGACCGUCGGAGCCACGGUCGAGUUCACCGUGGGCAGACGGCCGGUGAACAAAUUCCGGAUGAUCGAGCGCCACUUCUUCAGAGACAAGCUGCUCAAGACCUUCGACUUCGAGUUCGGCUUCUGCAUCCCCAACUCCAAGAACACGUGCGAGCACAUCUACGAGUUCCCCACGCUGCCCUACGAGCUCGUCUCCCGGGGAAUCGGCGAAAUGUCACAGGGUCUCUUCGGGAAAAUAACACAUCGAGGCGGUUUAAGUUCAAGGUGUUACGUAUCAUGUCUCUUUGUCCGGGUCAAAGGUCAGGGGUCAGAGGUCAUCCGGAAAAGACCCUAUGACGUAAUAUAUUCGCCGGUGUCGAGCGACUGGCCGGCCGGUGCAGUGCCUUUCGCGCCCGGGCUUGUAGGCAUAUUUUAG